AUACCCAUCUUACGUUUGAAGAGCUUUCGACAUUGUUUGCUCAAGUUGAGGCUAUUCUCAAUAGCCGUCCUCUAUGUCCCAUGUCAUCUUCCCCGAAUGACUUCCUAUCCUUGUCCCCAGGGCACUUUUUAAUUGGAAGACCAUUGAAUGCACUACCGGCUCCUUCAUUGGAUAACGCUAAAGAGAGCUCCCUGGAUAGAUAUGGCAGACUUGAACAAAUCCGCCAACACUUCUGGAAGAGAUGGCAGAAGGAGUAUAUCUCAGAAAUGCAACUUCGAACCAAAUGGAAGGUUGACAAAUCAAAAAUAAACAUUGGAGACCUCGUACUGCUUCAAGAGGAUAAUUCUCCACCACUUUGUUGGCGCAUGGGUCGUAUUGUUCGAUUAUUCCAUGGAACUGACGGCGUUUGUCGAGUUGCGGACGUCGAAACUACAAGAGGCUGCGUUCGAAGACCCUUGGUUCGACUAUGUCCUCUGCCCACUUCUGAAGACCUUCAAGCUUGAAAAUCUACGCUUUUCACCGGGGGGAGGAUUAUGUCUACGCCUGUUAAUUUAUAAUAGCAAUCGCGCACCCACCAUCAUAGAUUAUCAUUUUCAUUUUUAUUAU